CAGGCUGAUGGGAGUACCAGUUUGGACUGGGCUUAUUUCGAGAGCCUGCGUUCCAGAUUGCAGAGCAUCCUCUUGCUAGUUGCUCAGAUCCAUAGGGUUUAUCCCUCGCCGCCUCGACUCCCUGCUCCCUCACGCCGGCAGCCGGCUCCACUCCUAAUCGCCUGGUGCUUCGCCGGGCGGUGGUUCGCCGAGCAUUCGUUGUUAUUGCUGGCCGGUGUAUUUUCCUCUCGCCACCGGUAGAUCUACGGAUCGUCCUUCUUCCCUUGGCGCCUCCUGCCUUUCUCCAGAAAUCUAUUACAUUAUUACUACCCCGUUCAAUUGGUUGUUUUGGUGUUGCUUUGAUUUGUUAUAUGCUUCGGAUCUCAGGUGACGGCGCCAUGGAACCCAAGGUGGCUGUGGCUCCCGAGAAGGACGAUAGGGUCCGAGAAUCUCGCCGUUGCCGAAGCAGUGGCCGAGAGGAGGAUCCCGACGAAGCACAACGUCGAUCGAAGCGAUCUAAUGUUCAGACGCGGCACCCCGGUAGCCCGGAUCGUCGUAUCCGCGACUACCGGCAGGAGGAGGAGAUGCACCGCGAGCACGGCGACCACGAUGCCAUGAGCCACCGCCGCCACCACCACCACCGAUACAAGGACGACGACUACGGUGACAGGAGCAGCCGGCGUCGCCACGACGACAGGAGCAGCAGCCGUCGCCACGACGACAGGAGCAGCCACCGUCGCCACGACGACAGCCCCCCUGAAGAAAGCCCGGGUGACAGGAAACUACGUCUUGAUGGAGGAAAGCACGGCCAGGACGUCAGUGAGGCACAGGAACCGAGUGUGGAACCACAGUUAUGCUUAGUGUUGGAAAACUUGUUUGACAAGUGUGUGGUUGAACCAUUCGUUGAUUCUUUAAAGAUGGACUCUGUUCUACUGAAGGAUGUCAAGGCUGAUGCUCAUGAGAUGUGUGCCACCAAAGGUGGUACAGUGACGAAUGUUGGUGUUGACCCCUAUGCUGGUAAAGUUUACGUGCGAUUUAGAGAUGUAAGAGCAACUCCAACACUACUCUAAACUUCACUUGGCAAAUCUUGGAUUUUGCCAAGUGUAAAGCUCAAAUGCCAAGUGUAAAAAAGAGGCUUUUCCAACAGUUAGCUAUUUUUUGGCAAAUUUGAACUAUCUUGUGAUUUCUGAAAAAAUCAGAGGGACUUUUAUGCAAAAGUUGCAAUCUAUUUAAGGCAUGCGUGCAUGCUGAAUGUUUGGGUCCCACCGCGUAGGCAGGAUGCCAAGCGCUCCCAACGCUCCUAAAUUUGAGCCAGUUGGCUUUCUUUUUGCCAAGCAUCCUAUUUUGCCAAGUGCAUAUAGGGUAGUGUUGGAGGAGCUUUUUCUAUGUUUUGCCAAAAAUUAGGAUUUGCCAAGUGCAUAUAGGGUAGUGUUGGAUUUGCUCUAAGUUAUGCGGCAGCUGCAAAGAAGGCAUUGGAUGGAGAAUACUGCAAUGAACGGUUAAUUAAGGCAACUUAUAUAGACCCUUUUGAAUGCAGGAGGAAGUUUAAUGACUAAGCAAUAUAGGCGGCAGACUGGAUGCAACUACCAUAGGAGCUCGAGUAUACUGAAAGCCGUGCGCCUCUCCUUGCGAUUGGGUCAAUGUCAAUAAGGAUGGAAACGAGGUUUUGAUUGCUACUGUCCGGUUUUGAUUGAUUUUUGGUUGUAGAGAGUAUCUUUACAUAUCAAACUGAAGUCACAUUUAUUGUUCGAGAAGAACAGAUCAUCUUAUUAGCUGGUUGUUGCCAUAAGAUGCUUUUAAAACAAACCAAUAUCAUUGGUUGGAGUUAUACUAAUUCUUAGUUAAAUAUUGUAAAUGCUA